AGUCUGCUUCGGAUUCAAAGCAAGAUAAAGAUGCUGCCUUACGAUCUUUGGAUUUUAUGUUUGCAUGGUUUUUGGACCCAUUAACAAGUGGUGACUAUCCACACACCAUGCGACCAAUUGUUGGGAAAAGAUUGCCCAAAUUCACAAAAGAACAAUCCAAGUUGCUAAACGGAUUAUUUGAUUUUCUUGGAAUAAAUUGUUAUACUGCUAGAUACACAAGUAGUGCACCCAAGAACAAUUCACUACCGGCAAGCUACGUAACAGAUUCUCGAGCUGAUCUUAUCACUGAGCUUAAUGGAGUACUCAUUGGUCCACAGGCUGCUUCAGAUUGGUUAUAUGUAUAUCCAAAAGGAAUUCAUGAUCUUGUGCUUUACACAAAGGAAAAAUAUAAUGAUCCACUCAUUUAUAUUACUGAGAAUGGUGUAUCAGAGUUGAAUAAUCCAGAACUAUCACUUGAAGAGGCCCUUCAUGAUACCAGUAGAAUUGACUACUACUAUUGUCACCUGUGUUACCUUUAAGCGGCGAUCAA